AUACAUAACUUUUUAUUAAUCCAAAAUAUAAGAACCAAAUUAAAUGAACGUGAAAUUUUUCAUCCUCCUUUUGACAAUCUCAUGGUUGUUUAAGAAGAUUACUUCACUUCCUCCUGAAUCUCGAGUACUUGAUCGUCGUAGUUUCCCUGAUAACUUUGUUUUUGGAACUGCUGCAUCUGCUUUUCAGUACGAAGGUGCAACAAGUGAAGGUGGAAAAUCGCCAAGUAUAUGGGAUUACUUCAGCCACACUUUUCCAGAAAGAACCAAUAUGCAGAAUGGAGACGUGGCGGUCGAUUUUUACCAUCGUUAUAAGGAUGAUAUCAAGCUGAUGAAAGAGCUAGAUAUGGACGCUUUCAGAUUUUCGAUUUCAUGGGCUAGAUUAAUACCCAGUGGGAAGGUAAAGGAUGGAGUAAACAAAGAAGGCGUAAAAUUCUACAAUGCUCUCAUCGACGAGCUUAUUGCUAAUGGCAUUCAACCUUCUAUGUCCCUCUAUCAUUGGGAUCAUCCUCAAACUCUCGAGGAUGAGUAUGGUGGUUUUCUAAGCCCUCAAAUAAUAGAAGAUUUUCGAGAUUUUUCAAGAGUAUGUUUUGAAGAAUUUGGAGACAGGGUUAAGAUGUGGACUACUAUAAAUGAGCCUUACAUCAUAACUGUUGCGGGCUACGAUACUGGCAACAAAGCAGUUGGACGUUGCUCGAAAUGGGUGAAUAGUCAGUGCAAAGCCGGUGACUCCGCUACCGAGCCUUAUAUUGCAUCACAUCACCUUCUUCUUGCUCAUGCCGCAGCUGUACAAGAGUUCCGAAAAUGUAACAAGACUUCACAAGACGGACAGAUUGGGAUAGUGUUAUCACCGUUGUGGUUUGAGCCUUACGACUCUACUUCUCUUGAAGAUAACGAAGCUGUUAAAAGAGCUCUUGUCAUUGAGCUAGAUUGGCACUUAGAUCCAGUUAUCCACGGAGACUAUCCAGAAAUACUGAAGAAACAACUCCGAAAUAGAUUACCAUCUUUCACUGCAGAACAAUCCAAAAUGUUAAAAAACUCAUCGGAUUUUAUUGGAGUAAACUAUUAUACUGGACGCUACAUUGCUCAUCUUCCUUACGUUGACCCUGCACGACCUCGAUUCAAGACUGAUCAACAGCUAGAAUGGAGAGUAACAAAUCACAGUAAUCACCAAAUAGGACCAGAGGAAGAUCGAGGCAUACUCCACUCAGUACCAGAAGGUUUAAGAAAAGUUCUUAACUACAUAAAAGAUAAAUACAGUAACCCUACAGUCUACAUAAAAGAGAACGGAAUCAAUGACUACGACGACGGUACAAAGUCACGAGAGGACAUUCUCAAUGACACUUUUAGGAUAAAGUACCAUAAGGACCAUCUCCAACAACUCCACAAAGCUAUAAUGGAGGAUGGAUGUGACGUCAAAGGAUAUUACGCAUGGUCUUUGCUAGACAAUUUUGAGUGGGAGCAUGGAUACAAUACUAGAUUCGGUCUGUACUAUGUUGAUUACGACAACAAUCUCGAACGGUAUCCCAAAGAUUCUGUUAACUGGUUCAAGCGAUUUCUCAAUAGACUUGACGUAAAGAGUGAAAUAAAGAAGGAAGAAGUAUGGGAUGUGUCACGUAAUAAUAAGACUCUUGAUGAUGAUGCAAAAGGUUUCGAGGCAUCCGUUCGCACGAUUAUCUAUCAUACGACGAAUUCAUCGAGAAGAGAAGAAGAAGAAGAGAAGGAUCGUUUCACUUUGGAGGUUCCUUAUAAUCGGUUGAAUUUGUCGUUGGGUUCUUAUACUUCUUUUGGACUCUAGAAAUACUUCGUGGGUAAAAAUUCUUCAAUGGAUGCGAUAUGCAUAUGGAUUAGAUUUUUCUAGUAAUCAAUGAAAAUUGUCGGUGUAAGAAAAUGGUUAAGUUCAUAUUUUUUGUGUAUUUUAGUCGGCAUUUUAGAGCAUAAUC